CAGUGCAGAACAAGUGGGGGAGUUCCCUGUUUUGGCUGACACAAACACUUGAGCUUGUUUAGUAACCAGCUAGCGGGUGUAGUAGCUAGAUCUGAAUAUGACUGUCCCUUCAUCUGUUGCAGCAAGUUUCGAGGAUGAUUUCCCCAAUGACAAAGUUAUCUUAGCUGGCAACUGUGGAGUUGGCAAGACAACUCUAUUCCUAUUAUUCAAAGAGGGGAUAUUCAAGGAGGAUAUACCAUCGAGAACAAUGGCUGCAGAGCAUCAGAAACAGUGGCAGAUAGACGGUAUCGACAUAUCAAUGACGCUCUUCGAUACAGCUGGAGUGGACAAGCAGAUGCAAUACAAUGUAGAUCACCCUAACGCAAGAACUAGGCUCAACUCAGUCUACUUCAGAAAGGCCAAAGCCAUUUUAUUCAUGUACGAUAUGACCAGUCAAGACAGCUUUGAGUCACUAGUAACAUGGAAUAAUGAAAUCCACAAGUAUGGUGUUAGGAAGACAGAUGAUAUCAUCAAGGCCGUCGUCGCAACAAAGAAGGACUUAGAGGAUGAUCGACAAGUCAGAAUAUCUAGAGCAAAAAGUUUUGCAGAGAACAAAGACAUUUCGGAAGAAUUUGUGUUUGAAAUAUCGGCCAAGACAGGUGAAGGUGUGCAAGAGAUGUUCGAUAUAAUAGGAAAAGCUAUGAAACCACAAAGAUACAAAGAACCCAGAGCCGCCCAAUCAAAAUGCGGCUGCUGAAAACAGUAUUUCAAAUAAUACAUUUCCAGUAUAAUUAUGUCUUUGCUGCACACACUGUAACUGCACCAUGCAUUAGAACAUACUCAUUUAUUCCAUACAGAACGCUCUCAUCAACUAAAACAACGUUCUUGUUCUGAACACAGAGCUUCACAAAUUAUUGUCAAUGUGCGUA